AUGAACGUCUUUGCUCUCUUCAGAUCAUCGACCCCGGCGACAUCGAGAACAUGUAGUCGUCGCCUUUGGACUGAAGCUGGCUCCUCGCGUCCGCUGGUUCAGGUCGUGCGACAACGGAGAGCAUUUAACACCUCUACAGUCAUCGACUACCAGCCCAGCCAACCGGCUUUCUAUCCUAGAUGGAUCAAUAGAGUCCAAGUAUCCCAGUCGACGGAGGGCGAGGAGCCGGGAAAAGGCCAUGAACCAACGGCCGUGCGGCUAGACAGCCCGGAGGACUCACAGGCACCUCCAGGUUCGUCUGCGCCUCCAUCGUCAUCCUCAUCAUCUUCAGGGGAUGGCUCGGAUGGCUCACAGUCAGACUCGCCACCUCCGCCACCUCCACCACCUGAUCCUCCUGCACAAGCGCAGACGCAAAUCUCGAAGCAGUCUGUACCGGAAAUCUAUCCGCAGGUUCUCGCUCUUCCGAUCGCUCGUCGCCCGCUCUUCCCCGGUUUCUACAAGGCAGUUGUCAUCCGCAACCCAGCUGUGGUGGCUGCCAUUAAGGAGAUGAUGCGUAGAGGCCAGCCGUACCUUGGCGCGUUCUUGCUCAAGGAUGAACAUGCGGACAGCGACGUCAUCACGAACAUCGACUCGGUACACCAGGUUGGAGUUUUUGCACAGAUCACUAGUGUCUUCGCUGCGAAUCCAGGUCCAGGAGCCAAAGAGGGCGAACAAGAGGAGGGUCUAACAGCCGUACUUUACCCCCACCGACGCAUCAAGAUCACAGAUUUGGUCAAAGCUGGCGGUACUGCCGCCGCGAAAGUCGAAACCGUGCCAGAAACAGAAGCACAGCUGCCCACGCCCCCUGCAACGCCGGAACCAGGUGCCAAGGAACUGGACGUAACUCAGCACGCAAUCAUGCAGACGGCCUUCUUGCAGAAGUUCGACGUCUCUGUCGUCCGCGUCGAGAACCUCGCGACUCAGCCGUACAACAAGGACGAUCAGUACAUUCGCGCAUUUAUGUCCGAGAUUGUAUCUGUCUUCAAGGAUAUCGCCCAGCUCAACCCGCUCUUCCGUGACCAGAUUACCAACUUCUCUAUCAACCAGGUCGCCUCGAACGUCUUUGAUGAGCCGGACAAACUGGCAGACUUUGCGGCUGCGGUUUCGACGGGAGAAGUUCAGGAGUUACAGGAUGUCUUGGAGAGCUUGGUUGUCGAGAAUCGACUCCAGAAGGCUCUGUUGGUACUCAAGAAGGAGCUCAUUAAUGCUCAGCUUCAAAGCAAGCUCUCCCGCGAUGUCGACAGCAAGAUUGCGAAACGUCAACGAGAGUAUUACCUCAUGGAGCAGUUGAAGGGCAUCAAAAAGGAACUUGGUAUGGAGUCAGAUGGCAAGGACAAGAUGAUUGAAAAGUUCAAGGAGCGCGCUGCGCAGCUCAAGAUGCCAGAGGCUGUUAAGAAGAUCUUCGACGAGGAGCUCAACAAACUCCAGCACCUAGAGCCGGCUGCUUCUGAGGCGAAUGUCACUAGGAACUACUUGGAAUGGCUCACACAGAUCCCCUGGGGUCAACAUUCGCCUGAGAACUAUUCGAUUACCCACGCGCAGAAGGUCCUCGACGAGGAUCACUACGGCCUGAAGGACGUCAAGGACCGUAUCCUCGAAUUUCUCGCUGUAGGCAAGCUCCGUGGUACUGUCGAAGGCAAGAUUAUCUGUCUUGUUGGCCCUCCUGGUGUUGGCAAAACGUCCAUUGGCAAGUCAAUUGCGCGUGCUCUUGACAGACAGUUCUUCCGGUUCUCAGUCGGUGGUCUUACGGACGUGGCGGAGAUCAAGGGUCACAGGCGAACAUAUGUUGGUGCCCUCCCUGGCAAGAUCAUCCAGGCCCUGAAGCGCGUGGGAACGGAAAACCCGCUCGUUCUCAUCGACGAGGUCGACAAGAUUGGUCGUGGACACAAUGGAGACCCUUCUAGCGCGCUGCUUGAGAUGUUGGACCCGGAGCAGAAUACGGCGUUCCUGGACCACUACAUGGAUGUCCCAGUCGACCUCUCUAGGGUGCUUUUCGUCUGCACCGCCAAUGUUCUUGACACGAUCCCAGCCCCUCUGCUUGAUCGCAUGGAGGUUAUCGAAGUUAGUGGCUACGUGUCUGAGGAGAAGAUGCACAUCGCACAGCGGUAUCUCGCACCUCAGGCAAGGGAGUCUUCUGGCUUGAAGGAUGCGGCCGUUGAGCUGGAUGGUUCCUCAAUUGACGCGCUGAUCAAGUACUACUGCCGCGAGAGUGGUGUUCGGAACCUGAAGAAACACAUCGAGAAGGUACGCGGUAUCUACCGCAAAGCUGCCCUAAAGAUCGUUGAGGAUCUUGGCGAGGACGCCUUCCCCGAGCCCGCUGCUUCCGUCGCCUCCACUGAGGAGGCGAAGGACGCCAAGUCUGAGAAGCCUCAAGAAUCCGAGACCGAGACCGUCGAAAGGACAGUUGAGAGACUGGAUGCUCCCGUGAGCGGGAUCAGCGCGACCGAGACCGCCACGCCGAAGCAAGAGAGUGAGGAUAGCGAACGCAAGGUCACCACUGUCCAACGCAAGCCUAUGAAGGUCCCCGACACUGUUCACGUCAAGAUCACGCCUGAGAACCUCAAGGAUUAUGUUGGUCCCCCGGUGUACUACAAGGACAGAAUGUACGUUAAGCCACCACCAUCCGGUGUCAGCACCGGUCUCGGUUACCUGGGCAAUGGCUCUGGCGCCGUUAUGCCCAUAGAAGCUACAGUCAUGCCCGGCAAAGGCCAUCUACAGUUGACCGGCAAGCUCGGUGAGGUCAUCCGCGAGAGCGCGCAGAUCGCGCUCAGCUGGGUGAAGAGCCAUGCACACGAGCUUGGUAUCGUUGCUACCGCAGACGAGCAGAUUCUUGACAACAAGGAUGUGCACGUCCACAUGCCUGAGGGCAGUAUUGGCAAGGAGGGACCCAGCGCGGGCACCGCCUUGCUGACCGCCUUCGUUUCUCUUUUUACAAAGACCAAGGUCAACCCCGAUAUUGCCAUGACUGGUGAGAUCUCCCUUGUCGGUCAGGUUCUGCCCGUUGGCGGCCUGAAGGAGAAGAUUCUCGCCGCGCACCGCGCCAACAUUAAGACAAUUAUUGCGCCUGCCGCCAACCGGCCAGACAUCGAGGAGAACGUGCCCGAGAGCGUGAAGACGGGUAUCCGGUUCGUGUAUGUCGAGGACGUGCGUGAGGUCCUCCGCGAGGUCUUCGGCAACGAGCCAAUCGCCCAGACGUGGAAGGAGACGCUUCUGAACGACUCCACUUAA